AUGGAUCAAAAAGCUCAUACGGAAGAACUAAUUAGCAAGUAUAAAGAUUACAUUGCUACUAUCGAUGCAUUGUAUAAGCUCAAAACAAGAAAUGAAGAUGAAAUUGACCAACUUUUCAAAAUGAUAAAAACAAAUUUGUUUGAUACCAAUCUAUCCACACCAAAAAUGAUUAUUCAACAAAUAGCUGGUAUAACAAGUUGUUGUUGUCAUUAUUUUAAGUCGUAUUGGACAUUAUUUAAAAAGAUUUAUGAGGAAUAUCAUCCAACACCAUCUAUCACUCUUUCUCCUGUUUUUGAUUAUUUUGUUUACAAAGAAUAUGGUAUUGUUUUUGAUGAAAGAAGUAAAAUGAUGUUCGAAGAGUUUGAAUCUAACAAAUAUUCAUUGGAUGUACAUGAAGAAAACACAAUUUAUUGGGCAAUUAUGAACGAUGAUGUGAAAUCAUUGACAGCAUUUACAGAUGCAAAAUCUUUUGACAAGAACCAAAAAUUUUACAGUUAUAUGUAUCCGGAUCCAAUUAAUGGUUUAUCUUUACUUGAAGUUUGUUGUAUUCAUUCUUCAAUAGAAUGUUUUAAGUUUUUAACAACAAAAUUUGAAGCACAAGUUACAAGUAAAUGUCUGCAAUAUGCAUUUAUAAGUGGAAGCCAAGAAAUUUUAAACGAAUGCUUGAAAUCGCAAAAGCCAAAUGCUGAGUGCAUGUUAUUUGCAAUUUAUUCUCAUAACAUGGAUUUCGUUAAUCUCUUGAUAAAAGAAUAUGGAAUUCAAAUUGAUUUGGAAAGUUGCGGAACAAUGCUUAAUCUUCAAGCAUUAUUAGCUUACUAUGAACAAACUAAUGAUAUAUUCAAAUGUUUUGUAUAUUCUGCUUACUUUAAUAUUCCUUCUCUUUGUGAAUAUUUUCUUUCUUUGGGUGCAAAAAUUGAUUCGAAAAAUAAUGAUCAUACUGCUCUUCACGCUGCUACUUCAAAUAAUCUCAAAGAAAUUGUAGAAUUUCUUAUUUCUAAAGGUGCAAACAUCAAUGAAGAAGAUGGAACAUGUCUUCAUACUGCAGCUUGGUUUAAUAGUAAUGAUGUAGCUGAAGUUCUUAUUUCGCAUGGAGUUGAUGUAUAA